CAAUAACUCGAAGGCACAAAUAAAUAAAAAUAAAUAAGUUGAGAGGAGAAAGCUGAUAAAACAAUCACUUAGCUGUCCGGACAGCAUUCCAGCACCUAGUGUAUUCUCCCCUCUCCAGUCCUUGAACAGAAAAGCAACUUCAUUAACUCUUAUAUGCUGCAUAUUUACAAUAACCAGCCUAUUUUAUUAUUUUUGCUGUUGCAAGUCUAAUCAUUGGUUUACUGUGAAAAUAAUAAAAAUAAAAGUCCUCUUAACUUCUCUAAUUUGAGUGAAGUAUCACCUGUACAUGAGAUAUGAAGCUUACUGCCUGCUGCAUUAGAUUUAUCCAGACUCCACUAAGGACUGAGUAUUCAUUCUCUUUUCUGAACUUGAUACUUACAAUUCUAUGUCACAUUCUUGUUUCAGGAUGGAUUACAUAUACAUGAAACUUUCUGUUGCUCCUUUCCCUCAUUAAAUAUCUUACAUCAUCUUUUUUAUUAUUUAUUUCAGUUUAACUCACUGAAUCAUUUAUAAAAAUGAAACUGCAUUUGAUGCUUUUGUUACAUCAGCAUGAAUUGAUGUUUUAUUAUUUCCUAGGGCCUGGCUGAAGGAGCACAUGUCUAAAGCCAGCGGACAAUUAAAUGAUUCAGGAGUUCUUUCAGCUAAUUUGGUCUUGGGCUAUGAAUGGCAGAGCAAUUGGCACAACUACUCAUUAAGGCAGCUCGACAUCAUCUUAGAACUGGGAAGAAGAAAGGAUUAUCAUCUUCAACCUCCUUGAAUGUAGCUGGGGAGGUACUGGCAGUAGCUGCUGGCUUGAAACCAGCUUUUCUGUAUGAUUACAAUUCUGCUGGGACUUCUCAGAUCCUGGACUAUGUUCAACAUCUUCAGACUAUCCUUCAACUUAGAUGUCAGCUACAUGUUCUGAAUAUUGCCGAAAAUGUUCUAAUAAUCAACUUGGGACUGAUGUGUCUGUGUUUGGAGUCAAUCCUGCUUAGCAAUAAUGUCACUUUCAUUGAUAUUUCUGCUUCUAGACCAUGUCCUACCUUUUGUAACCCAGAAAAUGUGAGCCUCAUAAAAAGCCAUCUGUCAGAGAUACUGAAUCACAUUAAAGCAUUCACAGAAGAUACAUCCCAGACAAUAUCUUCAAGUGAAAUCUUUUCAACUGAAUGGAAUCUCUGUACUCUAUUUGGUGUAUUGCUAGGCUAUCCAGCAUCCUAUAAUUUUCCUACUCAGAAGAGUUCUGAUAAUUGUCUUGCUCUAACUCCACUGAGGGUGUUUACUGUUCGAGCCACAUUUUGUAAGAUAAGCAGUGAUUUCAGAGUUCAGUUUUAUUCUUUCAGUAUCCCAGAACUCUUGUAUCCAGUCAUGAAAAUAAGCCUCAGUGCAUGGUGUGAAAAUCUCAAGGAUGCUUUUAAAACUCAGAAAGACUUUGCUAAUCUCUGUAUUACAAGUGAGGUGGUUGCUCUAGCAGCAGUGGCCUUGUAAAUGUGAAUCCCAGUUUAGAGACAGAUAACGGUUUUUCUCCACAGCAUUCUACUGAUUUGUUUUAAAAGAGCUUCAGAACAGCGGUAGUUUGGCAGCUUAUCCAAGCAAUUACGUCAGUCUUUUUAAAAAGUGUGCAGUUUUCCUUUCAGCAACUCUUGGGGCAUCCCUUCAUACUUAAAUUUCCAAGAAUCUAUUUCAAGUUAGCCUUUUUUCCCCCAGAUGAUAUUAUUAACCAAUCUAUGAUUCCAAAUUCCAGCCAAAAAGAAUUUAGUGGUUUUCGCAAGCUAGAAUGGGCAGUGAUUUCAGUUCCAGUAUGGCAGUGUUGUCCAAACUUGGCCACUUUAA